AUGGCCAUAGUAGUUUGUACCAUUGGAGAAGUAAUGAUAGAAAGACGAAAAUCAGAAAGUAUAAACAUCAACAGUCUGGUGAUCUUGAAAAUGUAUGUGGACAGUACUUGCUUUGAUCCCAACACUCUGCAAGAAGGGCUAGCUGAGGAUGGUUUCUCUCAAACCCAUGUGCCAAACUGCACCCCUUUUUCCAUGGAAGAACUGUGUUACCCCCACAAUCAUCCCCAAGAAGAUGCCUCUGCCGCCAUCGGAGCCGCCCCGGAGAUAGAGCUGCAACAACAACUGAGUAUGGAGGUGGAACACUGCUACACCACCACCACCACCACCAAUCACAGUGACACCCAUUUGAUGCAAGAACUAGAGUUUGAUCAGCCCAACUGGAACACCAGUGUCCAUGACGUGCAAGACAUGAGUUUCAAUUACUAUCCUCACCAACAAGACCCAAAUAAUUUCCAACAAGUUGAGAUUCAAAAUGGACCUUACCAAGGCUUAAAUUCUUCUUCAUUGCCUGAAACCCCAUACCCUCCAACACCAGACCUCCUCAAUCUGUUUCACUUGUCUAGAUGCUCAUCUUCCUCUUUGCUACCCAAUGCAUCAAUCUCCUUGAGCUCCGCGAAUUUUCCUAGCUCAUUAAGCUUUCUAGGGGACCUUAAUACAGCCGAGGGUGGGGCAGCCUCGAAUGUUUUCUAUGACCCAUUGCUGCCUUUGAACCUUCCACCACAGCCUCCAAUGUUUAGGGAGUUGCUUCAGUCUUUACCCCAUGGUUUUAACUUCACGGACUCGAGAAUUGGUUCUUUGUUCAAUGGGGUGGUGGAUGAGAGAGAGGCAAGUGGAGGUGUGUACCAAGAUGGGGAUGGGAGGCAUUUUGACAGUGGAGUUCUGCAGUUCUCUAGGGAUAUGAAAGGGAGAGAUGGCAAAGAUACCAAACACUUUGUCACUGAGAGACAAAGGAGAGAGAACUUGAAUGACAAGUACAAAGCUUUGAGGAAUUUGGUUCCCAACCCCACCAAGGUAUUCACUUGCAAUCUCUCUCUCUCUCGCUGUGCUUGA